GCUACUCUUAUCCUACGCACGCCCACUCACUCUCACAGUCUCACACUAGCUCAGAGCGAAUGGCAGAGGCACAGUAGCCGCCUCCUCGAGCUGCUUCAGUAUCUGGGGCUCAGCGAAGACACGUCCACGUCAUAUGAUUCCAUUCUCCUCCGCUCGUUCUUUUCGCCUCCUCCGCUUUCCGUCUAAUCAUCGUCAACUUUCUCGCUCUCUCUCUCGGCUUUUGCUGCUCCGGAGCGCUUUGGGCUCAGUUGGUUGUUGCGUGCAGAGAUGUGUAAAGUAGAAAGAGAUACGACUAACAGUGAGCGCUCUCUGUUUUUCUUGCUCUCUGAGCGUGCAUUGUGGAGCGUGCGUCGUCGUUUUGCUGGCUCCGAGCUGUUGCUGUCAGGGUUCAGCUUUACGUGUGUUGCUUACGUUUAGCAGCAUUAUUAUUAUUUCUGUACGGAGUUUCAUGGUUUUGGAUUUGUGCUCUCUCGCUGGUUAAGCUCUGGAUUUUUAGGAGUCUUUCAGAGAGAGAGAGAGAGACGGAUAUGUAUUUGGGUUUUUUUAUAGUAAAUAUUUUUUCUUUCACAGCAAUGCAGGGUUGGGAUUGAGAAAUUUGGUGGGUUUCGUGGAUUUUUGUGUGUGUGUUUAUGAGAGGUUAAGGGUGCAUUGGUUUUUGGGGAGUGUUCUUCAGGGUUUGUUAAUUGUUGAGGAAAUGAAUGAGAAUACGGAGAAAGCGUCGUCGUGUUUGGCGAUUAAUACAGAGAAACGAGCGCAUAGACCUGGUGGUUGCGCUGGGAUUUUCUUUCAGCUUUUCGAUUGGAACCGGAAGUUCGCCAAGAAGAAGCUCUUCUCCAAGAAAUUGCCUCCUCUAAUUCGUGCAAAACAAGCUUCUAAGAAGUUCAGAGGGGAUGGGAAGAUGCCCAUUUCCAAGCUCCAUUUGAUUGCUGAUGAGAACAGUGGUGGUUUCCCAAAUGUGAAGAAAAAUGGGAAUCGUAGGGCAGAUUUAGAUAAGAAGCAUGAAAUGCGGGCUCCGGGUUUGGUUGCUAGGCUAAUGGGUCUUGAAUCCAUGCCAGCUGUGCAUCGAGAUAAGCCUAAGAAACCUACAUUCUCUGGUAAUUAUGAUAACGGGGAUGAUAAAUUUGUGGGUACGCAUGGUGGGUUUGAUAAGGGGGAGUUGAAUUUGGAGAAAGGAGGAACAAAGCAAGAAUCAAGGCCUCAGAAGCUGCAAAAGACGGGCCCGUCUGACAGACGGGCAGUGAGUAGGUUUGGAGCUGAAGCAUUCCACAUUAAGAGUGUUUUGUCACGGUCCAGAAAGCAGCAUCAUAAUCUCCCGAAGUUUGUUUCUCCCGUGAAGAGUCCAAGGAUUUCCUCCGGGAGGAAUGUGUCUCGCAGCUCUCGUUUAAUUGGCGCUGCUACUAGGAUUUUGGAACCUGGGUUGCAAGCUACAAGCAGAGCUAAAUCCGCUCUUACUUAUUCGAGUUCUAUGCAUUAUUGUCCCAAUGAUGAGAUUGUGAUGGAGGAAACCGGGUGUAUAUCACCGGAUAUGCUGAAAGAAUCCUGUUAUAAUGUGUGUUCAACGAAGCCUUUGAUGGGGCAGACUUCUUGUAAAAAUUGUGGUAAUUUGGUGGAUUUCAGACCAGAUGCUGAGGAACAACCGUCUGCUCUUUUUGCUUCAAAUUUUGUCAAUGCCUCUUCUCAGGAUUCAGGAUGGAGUAAACCAAGGCCACCAGCAUCCUCACAUGAGCAAGAAAGAGAUGCACUUUUCCAGAGAAGCAAGGACAAUGAUGUUUCACUUGUUGCUCAAGAAGAGGACAAUAUUCGAAUUCGUAAUGAACCAAUUACAGAAGGUCAUGAACAAUCGCAUUUGUCGAGCCAAACACGCAAGCCUCAAAAGGAUGAAUCGUCUUCCAUUGCUUGCAAGCACAGGAAGCAACCUCAGGAUCAUAUUUUGUUAGGCAGGGAUAGAAUCCCACCUAGGUCUAAACUAAAUAAUCUGCAGAGUCGAAGGGUCCCAUCAGCUGGAAAUGCCACUAGUGGGAACAAGGAUUUUGUUGCUUUGAACCGAAGUCUAAGCGGUCGAAUCAGGCCGAGGAUGCCUACCAAGGUCGACAGUUCUAAGUUUGACAUGGAGAGGAAGGAUUGUAAUGGACGAGAUGAUUCUUUACCACAGUUAAGGACUGCAGUACGAAAAAGGAGGACGAUAAAUGGGAGUGGGCAAGCUGAAAAUACAGGUUUGGCCAGUUCGACUUUUGCAAAACAAAGAAAUGGUCGGUCUGAUACUUCUACUGGAAAAGGCAUGGGGCUUCAUGCUCACUCAAUGAACCGAAAUUGUGUCAAAAGUAGAUUAGCCAAUCAGGGAGAUGGAAAAAGAGCUGAUGGAAAUAAGGAAACUGAUGUUAUUUCUUUUACAUUUAAUUCCCCUAUAAGGCACAAGACUGGAAUUCCCACCGAAAUGGAGGAAAGUAGGAGGGAUGAGGAUGGAAAGAUGUCUUUUCAAAAGCCAUUAUCAUUGAGAAGAGAUGCUUUAGGUUCCCUACUGGAACAAAAGUUGAAGGAAUUGACUUGUCAAGAAGAUGAUGAGUUGACAACGGGUGCUCCAGCCAAGCGAUCCACUGCUAAAAUUCUCCAAGAGUUAAUAUCUGCUUUGACUGGAGAGCAGCAUUUCUCAGAGGAUGGUAAUAUGUUCAACAAGGAGAUAGCUUUCAAGACUAAAGCAGAGAUAGAAAGAAUAGCUGCAAGUGCGCGUGAAGGUCAUCAUCAUCUUAGCCCUGGAUCUGUUCUUGAAGCUUCGUUCUCUUCUAGUAGUCUGGAUGAAAGCCCAGUUCCAGGACAUAGGUUGUGCCCUGAUUCCAUGGAUUACUCCUGCGAUCGGUUGCAACCAUUGGGAUCCAAUGCUGAUCUUUUGGAUUCUGCAACCUCAUUGGAUAAUGGGAGGACUGUUAGUGAGGUGGUGAUUGAUUUUGUCAGAAACGUCUCUAAAAUGUUAGACAUUAUCAAUCUUACUGGGACCAGAUUGAGUGGAAGUAAGCUCACCCAUGCAAAGGAGGUAAUCUUGAAUGCUGAACUGUUGUUUGGAACUACAACAUCAUAUUAUUUAGAUGGAAUGAACGGUUUUCUCGUCAGUCCCUGUCUCCUUGAUGAUCUGGAAUCUUUUGCUCAUGCUGCAUGGACAAAUUCCAAGGACUUUGUUGGUUUAGAGGACAGCAUAGAGGGAAAUCAGCUUAGGAGAUUUCUUUUUGAUUUCCUCGUAGAAUGUCUAGAAUCAAAAUAUGUUCGAUACUGUGAUGCUGGAUUCAAGGUGUGGUCAAGACUACCAUUAUGCAUGAAUACAAGGAGGUUGAUUGUAGAUGUUGCAGAGGAGGUUAGAAGGUGGAGAGAUUUGGCUGGUAUGGUUCCUGAUGAGAUAAUAGAUUGGGAGAUGAGUUAUUCCUUGGGGAAAUGGACAGAUUUUGAUAUUGAAGCAUUUGAGACUGGUGCUGAGAUUGAUGGGGACAUACUUCAAAUUCUAGUAGAGGAAAUUGUGAUUGACCUUUUGGAAUGCAGGCUAGGUUCCUUGUGAAUUUCGUAUAUCCUUGCUAUUUCUGAGUUCUAAUGUGACUCACUAGAACUUUUCUGUUAAUUGAAGGAAGAUGGCUUAUUUGUACAAAUUGAUGGAUGGUAUUUAUUGCAAGUGAUGACAGCGGGAAUAUUUUUUUUGGAAUAUUUCUUUUCAUAGUUAAGAUUUAAAAUUGAUGCAUCUAAUUGUUGACACGUUUUUUAAAAUUUUAAAUGAUAUGACAUCAUGUAUAACGGAAUAAAUAAUUAAAUGAAAAUGAUUUUCUU